GCUGUUUCGCAAGUGUAGAGAUUUUCAUUGGUCAAUUGCAUUUGACGUCAUUUUUGAUCAGCUGAGAGAGCGGUCAUUACAAACGCAGACGAUGAAAGCUUGAUUGACGAUGAAGCACCGCAGCAAUAAAGUGAAUUUCUUGUCAUAUUCUUCACAUCGUAAGAGAAGAGGCAAUCGGAGGAAAGUAAGGGAACCGUCCAAAAGUCUGUCAACAUCAACAGUGACCCUUCCAGGACUUCAUGAACAGACUGAUGCCUCAAGAAUGGAAUUUGAUGUCUCUCAAAUGUUACUUGAUUAUAGUCUUGGUGAUCACAUCCAGGAAUUAGAUCGCUCAUCAUCAUCUUCAGGCAGUAUGAUUCCAUUCAUGGAUGCAAGUUCUUGGCUUGCAGUGGCUGGAGAAAUAAGUCUAACCAAGCUGCCAACUACUCUCUAUCAUGUCUGUAAUUGGUGGAAAACAAAAGUAAAUGAGAGCCUGGAGUUUGCCAAAGAUGUAGUGUUUCCAUCUCGUGUCUACCGUAGGGAGCUUUAUGCCACUCAAGAACAGAUCAUUCUCCUUCAAGAACAACUUCAGAGAAUCAGAGAAGAGAUGGAAUCAAAGAAAUUAGCGGAAAACACAUCUGCUGCUUCAAGUUGCUCCCAUUGUUGCUGUCCAUUGCACAGCCCUACAGCAACCAACCCUAUCCUAGGGGCAGUCUACCAACCUUCUACUAGCACACUGCCACCAGGCUCUUCAACUCUACCAAGUGUACCGCUGCCACUACCACUGCCACCACCACCCCCACCAGCAACACUUAUGCCCCCUCCUCCCCCUCCCCCUCCACCAGCAGUUGUUCCUCCUAAAGACUGGAGAAAGGACCUACCCAAGAGAAAGAAAAGCACCAGCAAUGAAAAUAAGGAAGCGAAUAAAAAUCCUGCUAUUUCCUUGGAUGACAUCAAAGGAGUGAAACUAAAAAAAGUGGAUAGGACAAUUAAGAGGUCUAAAUCCUCAUCUGGCAGUGGGCCUCUUGUAACGUUAUCUGAUCUUCAAGCUGUGCAACUCAAAAAAUCUUUCAAGUCUUCAACUCAGUCCCCUCAAAUCACAUCUCCCAUGAAUCUGAGGAAAAGGUUAUCAUUAGAGGCAGUGGACUUCAGGAUGUCUUUGAAGAGAGUUGGUUUGCCGAGAAGUCCAGGUGGCACUCCGUUCCGCAUGAAACCGACUGAGAGUGGGGUAGGGCUUACUCCUAUAAUGACCAGGGCUCUCAAGAGGAAAUUCAGGAGUGUGACUACUCCUCCAUCACCUUGGAGCAGGCAUGCCUCACCUAGCAGUAGUGAUACAUCACCAUUCACACCACCAGGUAUUAGAUUCUGAGACUAAACACCAUCAAGACCUGACUACAUAUCAGGCUUGCCUCAUCUAGCAGUAGUGAUAUGCCACCAUUCACACUGCCAGGUGUUAGAUUGUGAGGCUGACCUUCAACCCCUCCAUCAUUUCAGAUGAUUUUACAAUGAAAAAUCAGAAUCAGUUGUAACUUUAGACUAGUGUAUUUCUGCACUUUGUAGAGACAGGUAGACAUGCCCAUGCUAAAGUACUGAGAAGUCUUUCUUGUACUGACUACUGUACAUGUUUGAUUUGAGGACAUAGGAUUAUUUUGGUUAUAGGAAAUAAGGUACAGCGGGCAAUCUGUCUCACAGUCACAUAUA